CGUUUGAGCUGUUUAUGGUCUCUCUCCGAUUCAGCUUUUUCAGGCUCUCCCUAGCGUUACAUCUUAAUCUCCGUUUUCUCUUUCUUUAUUUGUGUCCCUUGUUUCCAUCUUCUUUCCGCUGACUUUUUGGGUUAAUCUUUGGUAGAUCUCCGUGGUCUCUCGCGGGAAUUUUUAUUCGGAUUCCGGUGAUCCCAUCCUUCGAUCCUCCUCUUUCUUCAUUCCACUAUGAAUCCCGAAUAUGACUAUCUGUUCAAACUUUUGCUUAUAGGAGAUUCUGGUGUUGCAAAAUCUUGUCUUCUUUUGAGAUUUGCUGAUGAUUCAUACAUAGAUAGUUACAUAAGCACCAUUGGGGUUGAUUUUAAAAUACGCACUGUGGAGCAGGAUGGGAAGACCAUUAAACUUCAAAUUUGGGACACUGCUGGACAAGAACGAUUUAGGACGAUCACUAGCAGCUACUACCGUGGGGCUCAUGGCAUAAUAAUUGUUUAUGAUGUGACUGACCAAGAAAGCUUCAACAACGUCAAGCAGUGGUUGAAUGAAAUUGAUCGCUAUGCUAAUGAUAACGUUAACAAACUAUUGGUUGGAAACAAAUGUGAUCUUACAGAAAACAAAGUCGUGUUGUACGAGACUGCCAAGGCGUUUGCAGAUGAAGUUGGCAUACCUUUUAUGGAAACCAGUGCAAAAGAUUCCAUGAAUGUGGAACAGGCUUUCGUGGCCAUGGCUGCUUCCAUCAAGGAGAGAAUGGCAAGCCAACCGGCCACAAACAAUGCAAGGCCUCCGACCGUACAGAUCCAGCCUAUUGAACAGAAGAGUGGCUGCUGCUCUUCCUAGAAAGUCAAGUUGUAUUUCUUCUGCAGGAAGCAAUAUGCUGCAUGUUAGGUUACAUGUUUCUUAACUAAUCAGUUGCAGACUUAUUUCUUAUGGAUAAAAAAACGUCAUUAGAGGAUCUCAUUCAUUUCUACACUCAUGUUAACGUCAAGGGUUGUACAA